AUGGACGAGACUGCAAAAGAAUUUGGCAUUGAAAUAUUACGUUUGCCAGUUAGACACAGCGUGUUGAGCCCAAUCGAAUUGGCAUGGUCUGACCUUAAAAAUUACAUACGUGAUAACAAUACGAAUUUUCGACUCGCUGAUAUUCAUAAUCUUGCGUUGGAGUAUUUGGCAGCUGUAGAUGAAUCCUUAGCAACAAGUUAUUUCAAACAUAUCAAACGGUAUGAAGAUACGUUCAAAGACGCCGAUAAAUAUGUUCACGAUGUGAUUGAGCCAAAACUGGAUGAUGCCGAUGAUGAUGAAGCCUCGAGUGACGAUGAUGAUCAAGCUUCCGAUGAUGAUGCCAAUAAUGACGUGCAGCUUGAUGAUUCAGACAACUAA